AUGACCACAGAAGACAUUCAACAAAAUCUUAGAACGGUUUCCCGGCUGCCAAAUUCGACCGCUCUGGACUGUCAUCUGGAGAUAUUUGAGGAAGAAUACUUGACGGUCAGAAUCGAUGACGAAAGGGUAAAAUAUUUUUGCUUGGCUUACUUUAUUAGGACCCAUCCGAAUGUUUUGACUUGAGAUGCAUUGAGGAUGUCUUUGGCCUUACUGGUUCUCGAAAAGAUGGAGGCCCUGCAUCGCACAUGCUAGUCUUUCGGUUUCGUGCAAGCGAACUGACAAAUGGGGAGUGUCCGGACGAAGUUCAUAUCUUUAAGGUUGAUACAGAAGCGAAAUUGAAGUGGGCCGCUAAUACCUUAGAGCAAGCUGCAGAAAAUGCAAAGUAAGACUAAAUUGUUACCCAAAUGGCUUAGACACAACCAAGCCCACACAAGGGAGAAGCAUAUGCCACCACGGUCAAUGGAGAAGCGAAAGGAUGCAAUUGACCGUCCACAAAAAAUUAGGAAAGUUCCCAAGCGUGUAAGUUGAGCUUUAAUUCCUCCAAAAUAUCCCUAUAUGAAGCCUUUAGUAAUGUAAUAGAAGUUCAGCAUGAUAUUUUGCUUUACUAGGUAUCCAGCGGUACAGGCCUUCUUGAGGAACUCAAUCGACUUCUUGAUGAAGUUGAAUCGUUUGAGGCAAAUCUUCAUGAUGCAAUAUCCUUCCAAGUAACGGGUGCUGGGAAAGUCGAUAGUACGUUUGAUGAACUUUUGCCAAUUAAAUUAUUAUUGUUACAUUUAAAAGAAAAAUGUCUGGAAUUAUUUUCUGCGAACAAAAAUAUAUUUUUGUUCGCAGAAAAUAACUCCACUAAACUGGUGAAAGUUUCGUGUAAAUAAGGUAAUUAAAAUACGUUCGAGAGAACCGCAGAAUCCAAAAGUAUACUUUUGGAUUCUGUGGUUCUCUCGAACGUACUUUAAUUAGCUUAUUUACACGAAUCUUUCACAAGUUUAGUAGUCAGAAGGGAGCGAAAAAUUCCAAAUGUAUAAAUUUCGGGUGUUGUUGAGAUUUAAGAGCCUUAGCGUCUAGUUAAAACAAAUAUUGUUUGUCGGUCUUCAGAAGAAUAUGCACUAGAGGGGGGCAAAAUCGGGCUUCGCGAUCCAACAGAGAAGUACAGGCCUCUCUUUCGGUACCUAUUAAAGGCUUUGUCAAUGUAAUUAAAAACGCAAUAUUCGAAUAGGAAGUUUACCGAACAUUUUUGUUCACUUUUUGAGGAAUAUCCUUCAGAUAGUUUAAAAACGUAUAAGCAAGCCAAUAAUUAAAUUUGUAUCAUAAAGAUGCCCCGGUAGUUUUAGUGUACACAAGACAAUUUAGUUCAAAGUGGCUUCGUAAGUAUUGCAUAAAACGACAUAUUUGCAAAGGAUACAAACAGGAGUCUUAGAAUUUAUUGAAUUUAAAAUGUAGUUUGCUGAUAGAUAUGAAGUUGUACACUAACUUCAUAUUUCUCUUACCCUUACCGCUAAUUUUAGUCCUUUGAUAUUAACCUUUAUCACUCUCUAUCAAUAUUUAUGUCCUUUUGAUACAGUGCAUUUCGAGUCUGCUGUUUUUUCCUAGGAUCACUUUGGCGUGACAGCCUGAGUCCUCCAUCCUAUGAGGCCGCCGUUGAAAAUAUUCAGAGCAUUAGAAAGUGCAUCAACUAUGCGGCAGACUUAGAGGAACUAAUCGUAGAUCCAGGACCCGGUGAACUUCUGAAUAGGCUCUUCGAGUCACUUUGGUGGAUACAGAAAAUUUGUGAUUGUAAUCGCGUGCUGCACUACGACUCUAAUCUGGUGCGUUCCGUCUGGAGGCCAGCUUUCACAGAUCGAACGUUAUCGGUUUUGCAAAGAUACUUACAACCGUCCAAUAAAGCAUUUUGGAGCAGUUUAGGCGACGCUUGGACGCAACCCAGGUGUGUCUUUUAAACAUGCUACUGGUUUAUGUUAACACAGAUGUCACCUUUGCGAUGAUUCUCGUCCGUUAUAUUUAGAAACGUUUCGUCAGAUAUCUUAUGUCUAUGUUUAUUGCAUGUACAUCAAUCUUUUUCUUAGCACGCAAGUGGCUAGUAUCCAAGUUAAUUUUCCCAUGAUUCUCAUUUCAAUCCUGAUAAACGAGAACAACAUUUUAGCGCAAAGUGCAUUUCUUCAAGUCACACGACAUUUUAACUUUGAAAGUUUUAACGGUAAGUUCUUUCAGUGACAGUGUGGUUUAGUUGGCCGCUUUUCCUUUUCUGACCAAAACGUCAGUAUUUUACUCCAAAAAUAGUACAAAGUCGUCAACAUAUAUAUAUGUUCAUAUUUUUGUUGUUGCCUGUAUUCGGCCAACACACCAAUUUUGCUGUAGUUUUUUACUGACCAGGUCAGCAAUAAGUUCAAAUCAAUUAAUAAGACAACUACAGUCGUCGACUAAGUCGUCUGUCAAGGUUAGUCUUGUAGAGACCCGGCUUACUGCCAAUGUUGUUACGAAAAUCGAUGCACGGACAUGCCUGGCGGCCUGAUGGGGACUUUUACUUUAAAAUAUAAAUAAAAGGGACGGAAGAUUUGUCCUUUUUCCUUCUAUUUUAAGGCCAAGGAUGUUUUCGCGUAUGUUUUGAUUACCCAUGGGGCUAUUAAACAUCGGCUUUAAUUCCUUUAUCGCUAUCAAUUAAGCGUUUGACACCAAAUUUUCCAAUUCAUUCCUCUACUGUUCGUGGACUACAACAAAUCUCAUUAGGCAGUUGUUUAACAUGUGGUGGUCAUCGAAGAUUUUGUUUAAGAUAUCGUUCAGUAUAUCUGAUCUGUUUUGGUAUUGCAUAACCAAGGCACAGAUCUACCUUUUUGUUCGAGCAUUUGACAAUUUUAAACCCUAACUUUGCCCUUCUCGAAUUGCCUAUCUGAUAAAUAGGGAUUAAAAUAAUUCCGACCCAAACGACUUUCAACAAUGAGUUAACAUACCCCGAUGCCAAAGAGCUUCAGUUCCAGGUCUGCUGGAAACAGGUUGGAAUUCAGAGGAAGCGCUCUGGCUCUUGUUUAAUGGCCAUUCUUUCUUUGGCUAAUCUUUGAAAACAUUGUUUUUAUACCCAGCAGAUUCUACGGAUUGGACACGAUCUAGUGUAUUGUAUGUGUAGACGUUUUAAAAUGAAACAGAUGUUAAGUUUUUAGAAAAAAUCCGAAUAUGUCAUUUUAAUCACUUCAGUCCGUUGACUGAAAAGUUAUUUUUCUUCGCUUAAGCGGGAAGCCUACAAUGCAGACAGGCACGGAAUUCCUUCCACCACAAAGGACAACUGUUAUCGAGAAAACUGUAUGUCCGAACAAGCGUUCUGUUUAUAUAUCGGCUAAAUUACAAUAUCACAUUAAAAUCUGCAAUUUUAAAAGCACGAAACUAGUUUAAAAUAUGAUUUCAAUACCGUCCACACAAAACUGGCGUUUUUACUAUUUUCGCCCCGAUCUUAUCUUUCAGCAAGAAUUUAAGCCAGAGAUCACGAUUAGGGACUACGGAUACUACAGUAAGCAACGUCUUAUGUUUUGCGGACUAACUGUCAUCCUGUUAUUUAAGAUGAAGAAUCUAUAUCCCUAAAUUCUUCUUAAGCGUCAUAAAGUCAACAUUGUUUAAAUAAGCGAUUCUUUCAUUACAACAUAUGUCACAAAUAGCAGCCAGUUAGUGAGGAUAGCCAUUCAGAAGUUACGUUUAUCUAGUAGAUUGAUAAUAUCCUCAAAAACUGUAAGCUCCUUGAGAAUAUCCUGCGUUUUUCAUGAAAUUUAACGACAAAACGUUUGCACUGUAAGGGACUUAUAUUCUAUUAGUCGACGUCAGAUUCAACCAAUCUGUCGUUAUCCGCGGGUGAAAUCAAAGUCUUUAAAUGCCACAAAAGCAAUGUUCCAAAUUAAAAAUGGUUCUAAAAGCAACAUCAAACUUUAGGAUCAAUAAUUAGCCCCAAAAGCUUCGAAACUUGAUUUCAGCUGUUUUAGUCCUGCAGUUGCUUAGUCACUGAUUUGAUCACAUGAUAUCCCAAAUGUUAUGCAGCCCUAUUGCACAAGCUGGUGCUAUCACUUUCUGAAAAUAAUUUUACUAUUACCAAUUUUCCUUUGGUUCAAGCGUUAAAUAAAUCUUACAUGGCCUGUCAAGUCCUUGAAAUGGGAGUUAGGACGCCCGAUUGUCUAUCUAUUCUUUUUUACUUAUUGGUUAAAUGAACCACUCUCUUGCUUGCUUAAUUCACUUACUAAGCGUAAUCAACCCACUUAAAACCAUCAUUUUUAAAAUUUAGAACCUCCGCCAAGUAAGUAUUUCCACCUGCUCAGUCUGUAUUUGCUGACAAACUGUGUCUUAAAACCAAAUGCAUUCUCAAUUUCGAACUUUUUGCUUAAACUCGGGGAAAACGCUUUCGAGUCGAUACUAUCAAAGGCAAAAAUUGUUGAUAAAUGUGCCGUUUCAAUUUAAAGCACUCAGUGCGGCCUCUUCAACAAGGGAGUCGAAAGCGCCGGAUAUUGAGGCCUUUAUCAACGCAGUACAUGCCCGCAAAGGCCAGUAAGUCCUGACUGACAGGGUAUUAUUGUUUGACAGUUUUGGCUAAAUGGUUCUGUUUCAUUUUCCAUACCGGACAUAGUCCACACGGCGAAUAGUUGACUUUCAGAAAGUAGUCAUCCAUGAUAAACUUUACGCCAUAUUAAACUUGCUGGUCAACAGUUAGGAUUCCCCCCUCACUAAAUCCCUCUUAGAAUUAGACAGCCGCUCAAAGUUCUGUGCAGUCAACCUGUGUGGUUCCCGCAACGAUUUUUGCUAGAUUGGUUGGAUGGGGUCGGGGGAAAGGACAUGGUUUCUCGUUACCUCAGUUGCUCACAUGCGGUCAUUUUACUCCUCAGGGACUUUUGCUAGGCUUUACAUCCCGAGUGGUGUUUUUCAGAAGCUAAGGCAAGGCGUCAUCGGCAUAAAAUUGAUGAGCUGUUCUAAACUUUGGAAUUAGCAGAACUUUCCUUGUCAUUCUGACCCCUGGGUAGUAACUUACCAAGAGAAGGUGCCGAAUAUUGUUUAGAAUUUUUUGUUUAACAGAUAAAUCCUCCGAGCAACUCGUCGGCCGUUAUUGUCAACUUGGGCUGCAUAAAAAUCGAUCUGGACUCGCGGGUCAUAAUUAGAAGGGGAUCGGGGCAGCAAGCGGCAGGAUCAUGCUGUUUCAUAUCUUUCUCCCUAAACUAUCUUUGAAGUAUUGCCCAGUAUUCUUUGAAAUAAAGGAUAAACCUUAUAAUGCAUAAAACGUAAAAUAAAUAGCCGGUCAUCACGUGAUUUUGCAAGGUCUGGCGUACCGAAAUAUGUGUUUCACAAUCCAUCCCCGGAAUGGAAAUUUCAGAAUAAGCAAAUUGAGUCCUGCUCAGAGUUUGCUACUGAUUUUUGCAUUAAUCCUUGGUCUUCAUUUGAUCAGGAGAGCCCCAUGAAAAAUUAUUCUCAUCUGAGAAAAAUCCGGUCCUCUUAAUAUAGUGUUUUUCUCUAUUUUAGACAGCCAUUUGUGAGAAUUUUGUUCUGCAAAUGAGCGUUCUUAGUAGAAUUUAAAGACAAUCAUGCGCUCGUUCCGCUGGUUUUAAUUAGCCAUCAAUUCUACGUAAUUAUUUCAUUUUAAUCGGCCCCAUUGCAGUCGUUUGAACUCUUAUUGCAUUUUGUUUAAAUCCAGACUCGUUAUUGCGAAGCAAAAGAACGUCAGUGAAGCGGUCAGAGAACUGAGCGUAAACGUCGGAGACAUCUUAGAAGUGAGAAAACCGUCCUGCUUUUACCAUUUUUUGUAAUAACUUCCUUUUUUCUGUCUUUACACGCGUCAUAUUAUAAAACCCACUGAAAAUUUGAUCAAAAUAGGCAAAGCCCAAGUUGUUGGGUUUUUCACGCUCAUCAUAACUCUGCUCGAGUAUGCAAUUUCCCCUACUUUUUCAUCCUCCGAGGGCUAAAACUGCAUAAUCUAAUCUGCCGUGCAAUUAAUUGGGCAACGCUGACAACACUGUCUCAAACAACCCCUAUCAGUUGUGGGGCUGAUUCAGUUCAAGUUGUUCCAAUUCAAGCUCUUUUGACUGCCCGAAAUAUUGUAUUGGUCGAGUUAAUUUAAUUACUGACAUGAGUAGCUCUUGGAAGUGUUGUUUUUCCGACCUUGCAUUUGGAUGUUCAUAAACGGUACGGCUUGGACUCAUCACGAACGUACGAGUGCACAAACACACACACACACACACACACAUAGAGAUAGCGAGAGAACAGAAUCCCACUGUCGUCAACGGUUACACCAGCGUCGAUUAUCCACUUUUGUUGCACUUCAGCGGUAGAGCUGCUCAUUUAUUGGUGGGUCAAACCGCUCGAUUUUAUCUUGUUACAGCACUUCCAAACUCCCACCUCAGUCUUUCUACCUUGUUGGGUCAUCCAACAGUGUCGAUACGCCCUGGUUUUUAGGCGGUGCAGGAGAGCCAUUUAGUGAUUGCUACUAUUCUCUCAAACUAGUUCCCCUUGCGAGAGAAACAGGACAUCGGUUGGUAUACAGCCAGGUCAUUCAGCUGAGAGCUAGGACCAAGUCGUGUUGCUUAAACAGCCGGAAGCACUAUCAGGGAGACCUAUUCGGGUUCUUGAUAAACGACACGCGGUAGGUUGUUGCGAUCAACUUUCAGGAACUUGUAAGAUUUGGGAUUUUCGACAAUUAAAUUAAUGUAAAGUGCGUCUUUUAUAUUUGAUCACCAGUGUUCUCAUCAAACUAGAUAAAUAUAAACAAAGGUUUUUGAUACUGUUUUUGAUUCUAUUGGAGUGCUCUCUGAGUUCAUGUUCUAGCUCAUAAACGUUACAAAACAUUUGUGUACAGCAUUUGAAAGGCUUGGAAGGAGAAAAAACUGAUCAGGAAAUAGCUCAGAAGUAUGAGACUGCGCUACAAACUUUGUUUCCACUCCAUCAUGACGCAAAUCCUCGGGCCGCAUCCCAUGCUUCAGCAGAGGUUACCGAAUCAACUACUAGACAAAGACUUGGAGUACACAUAGAACCUACGACUCACUCGCUCUCUACACAGUUCGAUAUAUGGUUUACGGUUUUUACAUUUUGUCGUUCUCUCAUAUUUGUUUCUGUCUUCGGUAUCGCUCAGAUGAACCUGGUUUUUCCAAUCCUCUCAGUACGGUUAAAACCCUCAUUUCAGUAGGGACUAUGUGUUUUUCUUUCAAAUUAAUAGCUAUUUUAUACACCGAGCCCUCCGUGUUCUCCGCUUUUAUAAUAUCUUUUUUGUCUUAAUUUACAUCGCGAGUCAGACCGCACAGAGUCAUGGUUUUAGCAAAUCGGUCACGUAAUGGGUGAAUAAGUGUGGAAUUAUACUUUUUUCACCAAAUAGGAUUUUGAAAUCAAGUGGGGGUAUUUCAAUGGCAAAAAAAUUGAAGUUCAUAAAGGCUAACCAAGGUAGAAAAAAAAGUACCUCCUAUCUUCCUUAAACACAUAGUGUUAUAUUCAGAGAACGUAGUCCGAUAAAUCAUUUGUCUCUCAUUUAGACAGUCUGGAAAAUCCUAAGGAGCUUUUUUGAAAAUGCAUCAAAUAUUGCAGGUAACGAACAUAAUAAACAGGCACAAAUUAUUCCCAUCACCUUACAAACUGGCCUUAACGCAUGGAUGGAAAGUCUCACUUGCAAGCGAUCGACCACGGUCCAAAAGAAAACAAUCAAAGCAUCGGAAAAAAUAGAAAGUCGUUUAGGAAUAAUAACUUUUAGGAAAACUUGAAAUGAGAAUCUAGUAAAAGUUAUUGUUGAAUAAAUAAGCCGAAUGCCAAAUAGUGCGUGGUGCGUGUCUGUACAAACAAGUGGACAGAUAUAACAGAAUAUAUCUAUAUAUUAUGGUUGCUAGUCACUCGCUUGUCGAUACGUAGGGUUGUGUUUAAACAUGCUCCUGUUGGCACUGUUCGAGAUACGGUUGACCAAGGAGAAAAUGAUGUGUCUUGCAGUUCUGGCAUCUGAGGGCCGCAGGAUUAAAGUGCGGUGCAAGGCCACUUGUCUCGUUGCUGGUUAAUGAAACACAAACUAGGAUGUGGUUUGCAAGCACAGCUCGAGAAUUCAUAGUCUGCCUUUAUGCUUACUGCCAUAGGUCUUGGACGACAGUGGAGAGUGGUGUUGUUUGAGGACCCCAACCGGAGCGACGGGUCACGUGCCGAAAUCCUGCAUAACUCCGCUGGAAGAAGACCGUUCGGGUCGCCAACGCACCCCUAGCAGACAGGGCUCCAAGUCGCCGCGCAUUAAGACGGCGUCCACACGCAAGAGCACCACCAUUAAGGAAUCCAGCCACAAAACCACAUCUCGCAAAGAUCAGCGCAUGUCGCCUAGCCCCUGUUCGGAGGACGAAGAGGAUAGCGAAACUGUCACAUGUGCCCACUUCGUGGAACAAAGUUCCGAAGAAGAUAAUUGUAGGGGUGGGAGACAGAGCAGCAGCCGACGCGGCAAGCGCUCUCAAGGCGGAGAUUCAAAGAAUCAGCCUGCACAGUGUCAGCCCAUUGUGCAGUACGCCACGCCCUCAGCAUUCCAGACGGUGCAAGCACAGCCCAUGACAACUCGUGGUUAUGCUCAACCAAUUAUUGCCCAAACCGGUAAUCCAUCACAGCCCACGGUGCUUGUGGUGCCUUCACAGUCGGCACAGGGCGGUACUGGGCCGGCGAUUCAUUACUUGGUGAGUCCGCCUAGCGCCCCAGCGCCUCGACCAGCUCCACCACCGCCACAGCAACCGCCUGCGCAGCCUACGUCGGUUAUAGUUCCAAUGCCCAUUCCGACACCUAUGGCACCCAUGAUGCCGGCGGGCAUGCCUGCCUGCGGUCCGAUGAUGCCGAGCAUGAUGCCCGCCCCAGCCCCCCAGAUGAGUCCGUACGGCAUGCAACCGUUCGCCGGGCCACCACCACCGCCACCGCCGAUGAUGAUGGGCAAUCCCUAUAGCAGCAUCUAUGACGGUUACGCCAAUGGCUACAGAGCAGACCGAUACGAUAGACGCCAUCGGGGUGACAGUUAUGAUGAUGGCUACUAUGAGGGCGGCCGCACGCGCAGAACAUCCUCGCGAUCACCACGGCGUCGUUCCAGACGCAGGAAGCCCAAGACAAGUACUCGAAAGUCAAGUGGCAAGGGACGCAGGUCCGACUCCACUUCUUCCUCUUCUUCCUCCUCCUCUUCAUCAUCUUCGUCUAGCUCUUCUUCAAAGAGUCCUGUCCAGACUACAAAAACAGCUCACCGUUCGAAGAAGGCAACGCAAAAUUCUUCGCCACAGAAGUUUACACCACCGCCUCCACCGCCACCGCCUCCGCCCGUUCAGACUGACGAUUCCACUUACGGUAAGAUUUAUGUUCUCUCCUCAGUACUGCUGUAGGUCUGAUGUUACAAUAGGCUUCUACUGCUGUGGCGAUUUCCCACUAUUUGUGCACGUAGGUUCUCCUCAGAAGGGCCAUAUUUCCUCAUUUGGCUAAUACCCAUAUGCAGCUGAAAAGACUUCCUUCUGUCCGAAUAAGCCUUUCAUCGCUCAUACGCGAUGGGAGCUGAACGGGGUCGUUUAUCACGAAAAAACCUCGCUUAUUCACGAGGUCUGGCCGAUGUGUUUUAGUCUAGUCGGUGCUGCGGGAGCUUGGUACCUUGGCUGAGCACAGCCCGCAUCGAGAUCGAAAUGGCAUGUAAUUUCAGUUUGCUGGAUCUUUUGGUAAGGACUGACAAUGCCUUAUCUGUAGCGUUUCCGGUUACAGCAAUGUCCUGUUGCGAUUGGAAACAAAGAUUCCUCACAGACCGGUCUGUGGUUCAACGAUCAUGACAGAGCUUGCGGACAGGCUGCAUAGAAGCAGGAGUAGGACCUAAGUCUUGGAUAAUAGUUCGCGCUAUACUGUAAACUUUGCGUCUAACUUUGCGCAUGCGCCGUCUGCGAGGUAGUGGGUCCCAAGCUUCGUGUACAGGUGUGCGAAAUAUCUGAAACUGUCUUUCGUUUCUUCCAAAAUUUAGAAUUUCAACAAAUGCUGCUAUCGACCAUAGUCAGUGUUCCGUGCGACAAUUGUUAUACCACUCUGAUAUUAUUCAUCGUUGUAAUUCAGAGACCGAAUACUUCCAUAAGUUCGUCGAAGCAAUGUUCAGAAUAGCAGUGUUUAUAUAUAUGUGCCUAAGCGAACGUUUACCCCUGAACAAUGAUGACUCACUAAGCAGGGGGGGUUCCACAACCUACUACUACAUUCCCGAGUUGCGAACUACCAGUCGCAUAUCAUAAAUGACAUUGCUGAGUUAUUUAAUGCAAAGAUGCCCUCAUCAUACUCCUCCUGCUGAAGUUAUGGGAGUGAUUUCGUACAACCUGAUUCCUACGGAAGGUGAGGAAUGAUACCCAACCGAGGGUUUUUUCACUGAACUCAUGUUCUUCCGAGAUUUUUGGCGUCUGCAAAAUUGCGUAAUCCAAUACAAGCAGGACAGCAGCAAAUAAAUGUUAAAUACAGCACCUUUCUGACAAACAGAAAUCAGUUUAUGCUGUCAGUGUUUUGCUCAUAGCACUCGGCUCGCGGAUUAAGGAGUUCUUGGCGAGGAUCUGGGCCUCUAUUAGAGUUGACUUGUUUGUUGCAGACCUGGCCAUUUCUCUUCUUAUAUAUCAAGCUUCAAGAAAAGCCUAUAGUUUUGAAGUGGACUGGUCGCUGGUAUACCUAGCCCUAUGGUUACAUAGAGGAAGGCCUACAUCGGCCGCCGACUAACUAAGACGAGCGGUUGUUUGCUGUUAUUUCUGUUGCCCUUUAAUGACAAACCUUUUAUGAACCCAAAAUCACAGUCAACUGACUCAUCUGUGCCGAUGAUUCGAAACCCUUCUUUGGGUUUAGUAGAGUGUCAUUUUCCUGUAGAUCAAGUCUGCGACUCUGUACGCAAGUACUUUAUGUUUUGGGCUAUAAGAUUCGUUCGAAUUGUCAUCUGGUAUUCCUUAGCUUAUCUCGGUUUCAUGGGCACCUUGGGAACCAAGCAAGAUAGUUGUAAGUUAAAUUACCCUAUGAUUAACAUCUAAAGGUCGUAAAAGACUGUGCUCAAAAUAAAAAAUAUUUCAAAAUCCGAACGAAAAUGAGUCAUUUAUCCCCACUGUAUGCGACGGAUGGGGAUCUCUUUUGAGAAUGUGCUCUCUGCCGUUUAAGCAUUUGCCAUUUAUUUAAUUGCGGCACCUUAUUUAUGGGAAAAAAAUAAAAGUUACUAAACCGAAAGUAAGGCUUAGCUACUUGUACGUUCCAAUGACAUAACGAUCUAGGUACACUGACAAGCAUCCGCAAUGGAGUGCAUGUGGAUUCAUUAGGCUACGCUUCGCUUUGGUUUUCUCCACCCCACGUAAUUCUUUCCCCUUUGCACUCCUCUCUGCUGCUAACUGACUAACAUCUUUACUGGUUGCCCUUUAUAUAUGGCAUCUCUACUAGGGUGUGCUUGAACUGAUUUCAAGGUUUUUUACCUCCAAUUCUUCUUCUUCUUCUUCAAAGAUCCCCAUUGUCCUCUAUUAGCCCUCUGCCCCCAGUACUCAGUCGUAAGAUCUAAACGUGGAUUUCCUACGUCAUUUUGCGUGGGAGUACAUACAGAGACAGUGUUCAUUAUAGGGGAGGGGCAUUGGCGAUGUGCCUGCGAUUUUGCAGUUUCUAUCUCAGGCUAAUUACGGUGCUACUUAUCAAUAGUGUCUGUCGGCAGCAUUUCUGAAGCGCUUACACCCACUUUUGUUUUUUUGCUUUUAAGGGAGAAAUCAUAGAUUCUAGUUCUACUCCCUGAACGGAAGACACUCCCGUGGAUGAGAGAAAUGUUUUGCUCACACCUGUAGUCCGAAUUUGCAAUAAAUCUCGCUUGCACUUUCCAGGCAGUGGUUUUCUUUCCUUUGAUUCGCAUAACGCACUCAGAUUAACGUAGUAGCUUACGCCCUCUUGAUUGCGUUUUCCAACUCAGUUAUUUUCGAACUCAAACUAGUCCCUCUAACUCAUCGCCCCGACCACUUUCCUCACGUGAUUAUCAGUGAGAUUCUAGAUUGCCUGAUCCCCUCAGCAUUUUGAUCCAGGGCAACAGGCUAGACGAAAGAUAGUCUCCAGACCUACCAGUAUAGUCUAAGGUUACUUUGUAAGAUUUGGGAAAUCUAAAUGUAAACAAGGAAUAAAAACAUGGUGAAGUUUGUUGUGAUUCAUCAACUAUCUGCGGACGCUGCUGGAAUAUUUUGUCGGUUCAUGUGUCAAGUCAAAAAAUCGAGGAGUAAUAAUCUGGUAAUAUCCAAAUGUACACCUUCAAAACGGAAAAAAUUCAAAAUUGAGUGAGAACUAUCGAGCAUGUUAUGGUUCUCCUUUGAGGUAUGUAUCAGCUUUAAUCAGGAAGGACGGCAACAGAUCCAUCAACUGGCACAGUUCACCUUUCGCAUGUUUCCAGCAUCCCUUUCAAGUCCAUCCUUUGCACAAUGGAAAGGUGUUUAACGUUCGCACUCGCUCCGCAGCUGCACUAACACCCUCACUGAAAUUCAACCACCCUUCACGGAACUCCCCACAUUCACAUUUUUCAAAAGGAAUUUGGCACAGUCCUGGUCAUAAGCUUGAAGCUUUAGCAGGUGUUUUAGUAAGUUAGGAGUAACUCAAACCAUCAGCUUAAAUAACAAAGGCAAAGGAGAUUGGAAUGGCCAUUUCCGUCUUAUUAACUCUCGUCAGCCAGCCUAUGUUACGCGCCGCUGUGCGGAUGCUAGCGGUGCUCGAGAGAGAGAGAGUCCCAAAGCACAACGGGACGAGUGAGAUCCGUAAGACGAUUGACGAGGGCCCCUCUACCAUCAGCUUAAAGUCUCAUUCGUUGGCAGUGGCGUUGUAAGCUUCCCCGUGGGUAAUUCACUUUAAACUCACCUAACUAUCUCGCAUGCCCUCAUAUCAUCGGAUUGGGGUUGGGCUCACUUUUCUUCCAGUUUGCAGUAACUUAAAUAAUUUGAUUCAGCAUUGUGGUCCACUGCACAGUCAUGCUAGGUAAUAAAACUGUAACUCUCCACUUGUUAGGCAACUAGCGCAGCCAUUUGGAAUCCUGCACACGCCAUAAAUACUGAGUUAACCCUCCCCCCGACCUUCGAGGAAGACAAAUUCGGUCCUCUGUCGUAUUUACUCACAUACUACUCCCCGUGAUUGAAACACGACAGUUUCUGUACAAUUUCGUAGAGAUUUAAUAAAUCCUAAGAGUUGCUGUGCUAUCCUUAGCCUCAAUGUCAAGCUCAAGUCACUUUUAACUUCAAAUAUUUGCAGGACUAUAUUUGACCAUCCCAGUCAUUUUUAUGUUAAUACGUAAAAGGUCUACUUUUAAUUAAACAUUUUAUUUGAACUUCAGAAAUGUCAUUUUCAGUAAAAGACUGUGGAACAUAAACAAGCGUCUUGCCGAACAGAAACCUGACCACUUUCAGCGUCUCGUAUUUGCGAUUACCGUCGCGGCAUAAUGUUAGAUGAGCAGUUUCUUGGUACACCUGUUACAGAGUCAAAUUUAGCAAGUAGAUCUCCCUUCCUGUUAUUUGGUCCUUAGGAGGGCACCAAAGUCCACUCUUAUUUGUACUGAGUCUCCGCAGUUUGACUCCUGUUAAACCCAUCUGUCGGUUCCCCUAGCAGCCAACUCAUAGUUAUUGGGGGUAGACGUCAUUAGGUCCUACUCAAAGGACUUUUGAUAAGACAAAUAUGCAUAUUUAAAAUGCCAGGGGAGUUUGUAGACUCGAUUUCUCAAAAAUUUCAAUACUUGUUACGCCAGUUAGUAUGCAGCAAGCAGUACCCCUUUUUCAGCCUUUGUUCUCAGAGUGAAUCAAGGUGUCGGUGUCAUUCUAGGGGGGCCGUUCGAUGGCCUGUGGCUUGCUCCAACCGGAGUUCGUUCGGUUUGCACAUGCACCACUUUCGCCAAAAAUUCUGGUCAAGGUUCAACCAUUUGCAUAUACCCUCCGUGUAAUACAAGAGUCUAUGAUUUGACCUGUUCGGUUCAUCAAAGUGUGCUGAAACGUAGCAGUGAGGCUGAUAACAGUGGAACCCGCUAUGCUUCGGCUCACUGUGAUACAAUGCCGAUUACCUUAUGGUAAUCGGGAGAUCACGAUGUCUGUUGGGUUCAUCAUUCAUGCGUAUCUGCGAGUGAUCCAUGGAGUUUGGAAAUGGAAAUUGCGGUGCCUUACUUGACGACCUUAUCGCUCCUUUGACUGGUAUUGCAGUUAGAUAUUCAUAUUCAGCCAGGUCCUGAGCAUGACCUCAGGUAGGUCUGUCUGUGCCGUGUUCUGUGCAUAUUUUGCGCUUGUCAUUGUUGUACUACUUCUAACGCUUUAUCGGCCACUACAUCUUUCCCUAGAAAUCUGAGUAGGCUAACAUAAGAGCAGUGACAUAAAGUGUAGGGUCUCUGUCCGGAAAAGGCAUACUGAACCGUCAUUUCAAUUCCGUCGCUCAUAGGAACAGAGUGAGAAAUUAACUAUUAAGCUUUCGUUAGGUCUCAGUAUUCGACUAGACCGUGUUACACACGACAGGUUGGCCAAAAAUCAGUUUAAAACCAUCGAAGUCAUUUGAAAUACCGUCUAUUGCAGAGACUGAAGUUAUUGCAUUUGAAUUUUGGGAAGAAUUAUUGGUAUAUGCCCCCACUCAAAGUAUUUAACUGGUAAACUGGAGGAGGGGAAUUUGGCGAUGUCAUGUUUUUGUCGACACUAAGCAGUGCAGUGCAUUCUAUUUAUUGCCGUUUUCGCGGGAAGUAAACUCCACUCGAAUCGGUCCUGUCGAAUAUCGCUUUCAUCAGCCAACCUUAUCUUAUUUCGAAAUAAGCGUAUAUCUUCGAACACUUUAGAUGCACAAAAAAUCCAAGUGCGUAGAAAAGUAAUCACAAUUCCAUUUGGUCCACCUUAACUUCAAGGAUGAGCCUUUUAGGUAGUCGAAAGGAAUUUGCAACGGAUGACUAAUUUCAACAUUUGCGGCAACGAUUUUCCGGUCUGUAGCAUUGCUGGUGUCUUGUGGUUAGAUUGUGCUGCCUGCGAACUUCAGCUUUACUUUGUCAACCAAAACACGUGGGUUUGUCUAGCUUACUACAUUUUUGCAUAUUUUUCUCUCAGUAUUUAACUCCCCUCUCUCUGCACCAGAUGUAUAAUGUACUUAUUAAUAAGGUGUAGUUAUUUCCUUUCGGCCGAAUGCUUUCCAUCCUAAAGCCAUACCUUACCAAUGAAUAGAGGCAUCAAAAAUUCGCGAAGGGGGAUUGGAGAUGUCUAACUUCCCGACUCAUUAGGUUCUGAAUACCCAUUGAUUGCCUUUGGGAAUUCCUGGAAAAUGUGUGCUUUUGUUGAUGCCUUUCAUGAUCUCUGUCCAUCUGCGACUUCGGAGGGGGGUUUUAGGUUGUUGCAGUUGCCUAAGGACUACAUGUUAAGUUGACGAUAAGCUUAUAACGUUUAUAAAUCCUAUGAAUGUCAGAAAUGUGCGUAAUAAAGGUAAUAGGGAGUCAAUGGCAUAAGAGGACUCUUCGUCAUUUUUGGACUCAGGAGCCGUAACGGCAGGUAAAAGUAUAAGACAACCUGAUUACUUAACUUUCAAUAAAUCUUGAUCCUAUCAGCUGAAAUAAGAAGUUGGAGUUAUUUGAGUAAAAUGCGUAUAGUGUUUGCAUCUUUUGCAUCGCAAAGCGAAAUUACUAAGGCUUGUUCUCACUUUUGUCAUUUCGAAGCAAGGGGGUCGCAUGCUACCGUUCCUUGUAUGAUCAGACGCCUCUCAGACCUAAGCCGGAAUUCUUUGGACGCUUUUAUACAUAUAUAAGCGCUUCAACGCGAGUGUAUCACGUGCACUGUUGAAUACUUUCGUGAACGCCGUACUGACUUUGAAAGAAUAGGUUGGUGUGCGCACCAGACUUUUUCAUCAGGCAGAGAUCACUUUUCGAGUGGAUUCGGUCGGUUCACUAAUGCUACACAAUGAAGAGGAUCUUGCGCCAAAACAGAUCAGCUCAAAGUUGUCAGUGACGUAUUUAGUACCCAUGCUAACCAAGAACGAAAGAGCGGCCAAGCGUACCCGAGCAUGUAUUUAUCCAGUGUUAAUUUUUACUCUAAAAAUGCGCCAUCACCACAUGUCUGCACGCUCACUUUCACGCACCAUUAAACUUGUUGCCAGUUCGUAGCCAUAUACACAAAGAUUUGACUUUGUCCCACUUCAGCCGAGGUCGGCAAUUCAAGUGCGAGGAAACAGCGGAUUCUACAACAGAUUAUCGGUGAGUUUAACUGGCUGCGUAUGCUUCCUAAACGUCUUUGACUCAUGCUCUGGAACGCCCACGAAUUCCAAUGCUUGUUCUACACUAAAAAUGUGUUGUUUUGUCCUCCAUUCCCCUUUUUCAGGCCAUAAACAACGUAAGUACAUCAAAUUUUGUAUACAUUUCAGACUUAAAAGACAGGUGUGUGUGAUUCCCAAUCUCUAUUUUUGACUCGUAAAUGCAGCCCUUUUCCCAGCGCCUGAAUGUUGAGUCAACCUAUGUGAAGUUUGACUCUGCUGCUACCCUCCUAUCAACCUUUGGCAACCCUAACAUUCGCACGCCACGCCCGUUGCUCUAAGCUAUACUCUUCUGUCCUUAAAACAAUAAAUCCAUGUCCUUAACAUAGAAACGACAGUUUAUUUCUGCCUGCUGAAACGAAGUUUCUUUUUGAAGUCUGCGCACCAACUGUGCUGGAGAUGGCAGCGGAGAGUGCACUUCACACUUUCGUACUCGUGAGGUUACUCGUGUAUUUUUGGGGAAAUGCAAUUGAGUGAGACGUCUUACGGAAGAGAUAAACUUUCGCAGGCAAAAACCAUCCUACGAGGAAAUUUGAGACGUCGAAUUAAACCAUGCUCUGAAGUUUUGAAGCAAGAGUAAUGAUGACCUAUCUUUUCCAGUUUUGUAUAUUAUUUGUAGCAUCUAGCUCGCAUUCAAAAGAACACAGCACGUUCGGUCAAUUAACUUUAUUUAUUCGUCUUUUUUCUUCCUUUCUCAAGGGCCAUACGUGGGUGUAGCAAUCAAGGAUGUAACCGUUGUUUGCCCCUAUGCAUAACCUUAGCCAAGGAAACUAUGUCAUCUUCAAUAAAUCUGCGAGAGGGUGAAAUGCUAUACUAGGUAGCUUAUUUACUUAGUGGCACGACAUUUUGCUUGGUUCAACAAACUUAAAACUCUACCGGGCAGAUCUGGGAUUUCUUCCAAAAAAACAGAAUUUACCACAAAUCAUACAAUAAGCCGCAAGUCUCAGACUGCAGGUCCAUAUUUUCCAUUCUCCUCAUCAUCCAACUGAUAACCACCUCAUUUAUAGCGAGUUACUGUCACUGCUCCGUGUAAUUUCUGCCAGACGGGGUCUUACAACGGUCUUGGAUCUAUUUAUUUUUAUUAUUCUGUUUUGUCGGUUUGUUUGCCUUGGUUUUAUUUGUAUUCGCUAUUAGGAAUCGGGAAUUUUUUUAUUCUCCAUUAACCGCAGCUGCUCAUAUGCCCACACUGACUCGCGAGUUGAAGGAGCGAAUGACUGCGAUGCAGUUGGGUAAAGGUAAUGGACUGCUGCCUGCCAGACGAAGGGACAUUAAUGGCUCUUGGAACGCGUCAAACAGUUCUGCACCUGACCCCGCAGCGGAAAUUACUCGAUUAACUCACCAGUUUGGCACAGCUGAGGUAAGACAGGGCUUGCAUGCAGCUUAACUUUGUAGCAGCUUAAUCAAAGUAAAGGGAGAUAACCUGGGUUUUCUUACUCUCUUUCGGCUUUUGUUGCACUAAAUAGGUCGUUAGGCAGUCUUUUGAGGGCAUUUUAACAUACCUCAUACUAUUCGCGAGGAGGGACGACAGAGAAUGCGGGUAGAUUUAUACAGUACUGUUUUGGGCUUAUUCUGCCUUCAUUCAGCCAACCAUAACCCUAACCAGCAACUGGGAUCAGAAACACAAAGAUGCGCACAGACGCACCUGGCGCAGUUGGUCCACCACUGGAGUCUUCCAGAUGGGUCGUAAGCACCUCAUCGGACCGAAGUUCAUUAGUGCCUCGCCACCUGUCAUUCUCUGUCGCUGCUUGGUGAAGCCAAUAGAUCGGUGUAUGCCCAUUCCUGAUUGAAUAAAUACCCGAUCUGCAGCGACCGAGAAUGACGGGUGCGAGGCACUGAUGAACUUCGGUUCGAUGAGGUGCUUACGACCCAUCUGGAAGACUCCAGUGGUGGACCAACUGCGCCAGGUGCGUCUGUGCGCAUCUUUGUGUUUCUGAUCCCAGUUGCUGGUUAGGGUUAUGGUUGGCUGAAUGAAGGCAGAAAAACCCGAAACUGUGCUAUGCGCAUUCUUUGUCGUCCCUCCUUGCUGCUAUUAUGACUUGGCCGACUUCGGCCUGGUAACUGGUUGCCUGUUCGUGACCUUUGCCGUCCAUGCGCAGUUUGUUUGCUUCGUGAAGCCAAUAGAUCGGUGUGCACCCAUUCCUGAUUGAAUACUUCAUACUCUUUUGCUGAAAAUAACGGGCAAUCUAUUAGAUCUACCCUUGAAACUUCUGCCACUGGUUGGUUGAUUUGCUGUCCAGGUUUAGAAUUGCGAAUGCCAUCCAGAACCACCCUCUCAGUUAACUACCCUGGGGGAGGGUUUAGCUGGUAAAUAUAAGGCAAGAUCUGAUUUCGUAGCCGUACCUGUUAGGGUUAGGGGUUGGGGGUUAGACUGAGGCUUGUCAACUGGAGGCUACGAAAUAAGAUCCGACCAAAUAUAAUUCAGGUUGCCCUGAGGUAACAUCGGCAGAGGUAAACUGGCUAGCAGAAAUGCUGUCUUUCACUGGUUUAUAUUUUACCUGUCAGAAUUACAGUUCAACACUGAGAGCCGAUAAGACUAGUGAUGACAACGUACCGCACCCCCGUCCACGUAUUGAUUGGGCUCCUACCCAUCAGUGCGCAUGGUUAUGGACUCGAAGUCGUUUUGUUACUAAGGUCACACUUGAAAUUCUACGCUUAUGCUCCUCAUACCUUUGAUCAGUGUCAUCCCAAUAGGAAGUGAUUUUGAAUUAUGCAACUUCUAUCCAGAUUUUGUCAGAAAGGGCUGACUGCUAUUUCUUGUGAUUUAAUUUACGGAAGACUCUUGCCUGCACUUGCGGCGACGGCCUUUAAAAUUAAUUCAAUUAUGAAGUUGCGAAAAUUCCCAUGGAGCAAUUCAGUUAGCUAAACUGCCGCCAAAAGCUAGUAGUGCCAUCGUGUACUUCUGGCCCAACUCGAAGGAACCGUCUAUUCUUAUGCUGGCAGCUUUAGCCGUUCAGGCUUCCCUCCCAAUAGCACAACUGAAGACAUGCAAAAAAUUGUUGCCUACGCGGAUUGACAGGUUAAACUGCGAUGUUUUCUGUAGUCGUCACCGUUUCUUCGGUGAUGGAAGGGGAGUCUGCAGGCAAUGCAGUUUCUUCUGCAGUAGGUGGUGUCGCAUGGCGUUCUUUUGUAUCACGCCGAAAUUUCAACGCCGGUUUAAAGUCGACAAUCUGCGUGUGAAACUUAAAUUACUCAAAUUGUCAGCUCGUACAGUAGGUGGGCUAACUCAUGAAAUGUCGGCCGAAAUUUUGAAAUGCGUUCUCGUUUCGAAGAGGUUAAUUAAGUAUGGUUGUAACAAUAACCUUAGUCACGCAUAAUUCUAUAGUGAUCCAGUUACCUCAGGAUGUCUUUUUUCGAAAUAAGUUAUUUCCGACUGCAUGCAACAUCAAUAUUUUGCAAAAAAUGUGGCUUGUAAAGUUAACAAUAUUGCUUAAAUUCACUGCUUAAUUUUAUUAACCCCAUAUGGUUUCCUUUUUAUACGUAGAGUAAUGUAUGGUUUUCCGUACACGGAAAAUAUACGGCUUGUAGUUUUGAAACCCUGAAUGCAAGUAUAACAGCAGGUCUGGUACAGAAUUAUUCAGGAUUUAUAAAAGUUUUUUAAACCGAAUGAUAUUCUUCCUUCGAGUUUAGAAUUGGAAGAAGACGUAAUUUCCUACCGAACAAGUAAAAAAUGGAUAUUUUUGUGCAUGUUUUCCAUGAAAUAUAAUUGACUUUUUAAGGGCAUCUGAAAUCAAUGGGAAAAUUGCAUGCUGCUUAAGUAGUCAUUUUUUAAAAGUAUUGGCUUUGCAUGCAUUCGGAAAUACGUUCGAUCGACAGAAGACACCCUGAGGUAACUGGACCAUUAUAGAAUUAUGCUUAACUAUGAUUAUUGUUACAAUCAUACAUAAAUAGUCUUUUCCAAACGAGAACUCAUUUCAAAAUUUCGGCCGACAUUUCCUGAGUUAGCACACCUACUGUACCUAAUAGCACGUUCCUCUGUAACUUUCCUCCUCUUUAAUGCACCACUUUUUUUCCGUUUUUAGAACUGA